AUGGCAAUUUUGAAAGUACGCGAGACUGUGAAGAAUGGAUUAUUUUCUCCAGUCUCAAAGAGAUCAAGAGUGAACGAUGUUGCAAACUUUCCUAAAGGGUGUGGAUCCUUAGAUAGAGUGCAAACAGGGAAACAUGAAGACCGUGAUCCACUGGUUGAUCAUUCAAAAGAAAAUCAAGGAGAAAAGCUUGUUAAGGACGAUGUUAAUUUGGAAGAAAAAUAUCAGAAGCAGAAGAAUCUACAUAUCUUACACUCAGACAAACAGAACUUGAGGAAGAAUUAUCAACACACUCCAAAGAUAGUCUCUAGUAAGGAUGUUAACCAUUCUUCCUUACGGAGAAAGACUCAACAGUUGUUAGACCAUCACAACAUUUAUCGAACAAGUAUUUCUGCAAAGGCUUUGGAAGUGGAAGUGGAAGAUGAAGAUCGUAGGAAGGUCAAGGAAGCUUUGAAUGCAUACGAAGAGAUAGUAAACCAGUCCAACAAACAUAAUUGUUGGAGUUACAUUGAAGUGGCAAGGCAUCUAAACGAACAAGGAAUAUGGGUUAACACGAUCAGAAAAAUAGGAAGCAUUAGAGGAGUAAAAGUGGGCGAUAUGUUUCGACAUAGAGCUCAACUAACUAUUGUCGGUCUGCAUCGACAACCUUUACGUGGUAUCGACUUUCUCAGGAGGAAAGACGGGAGAAUUUUAGCAACAAGUAUUGUUGAUUCUGGUCGUUAUUCCAACAAUAUGCCAUCUUCUGAUACAUUGAUCUAUUCUGGUGAAGGCGGAAAUUGUCCUUUUGAGACAACAGAACCAACUAAUCAGAAACUUAAAGGUGGAAACCUUGCUUUAAAUAAUAGCAAAGAAGAAGGAACUCCUAUUAGGGUGAUUCGUAAGCUGAAACUUUCUUCGGGUUUGUGUUAUGUUUACUAUGGUCUAUACAUCGUAGAAAAAGUUAUGAGAGCAAGAGAACGUGGUAAGGUGGUCUAUAAAUUUCGAUUGGGAAGAUACUCAGGACAACCAAAACUUACAUUUGGCUAUAGCUGA